AUGACUUCUCCAUUUGUUUUAGUGAAGAUUCUAAAACUAUAUCAAAAGGAAUAUUAUGAUGAAUAUGUUUUACCUUUAUUACGUAAGCCAAAAAUAACAUUUGAUAUCAAACUUGAUGACUCGUUUUUGAUAACAGAUAUUAGACGCAAGGCUGAAAAUCAUCAGUAUAAAAACAGUUCUGAAGUAAUUGAGGAUUUAUCACGUGUAAUCCGUUUUGUAGAUUGUGGAAAUAAAUAUUUCAUUCAAAAGGACUAUAAUAUCCACGACAAAAUGAAUCAAAUAUCAUUUGUUCUUCAGUCAAACAUGAAAGAGUCACUCAAAAUGAUUAAAUUAUUUAAAGAAGAAGGUAAAACCAUAACAGCAUGGGAUGUACUACUAAAUCAAUUGUCUUCAUUAACCGUUAAGGGUGUUUGCUUUAAAUCUGAUUCCCCAGAUGUUUUCUCAACGUUUCAAGGUUAUAAAUACAACGUUCUCGAAAAACCAGAUUACUCAAAAAUUGAGAUGUUUAUGAAUUUCAUUAAAGAAGCCAUUUGUGAUAAUAACGAUGAAGUGUAUAAAUACCUUCUCGGCUGGAUUGCAUCAAUGAUUCAACAUCCCGGAAUCAAGAAUGAAACAGCAAUUAUUUUGAAAGGACUUCAGGGAACAGGUAAAAACAGAUUUACAGACAUUAUUUCUGAACUUCUCGCUGGUUAUUCAUGUAAAAACAUUACCGAAAUAAGUGAGCUAACGGGUAAUUUCAAUUCAGUAGUUGAAAAUAAAAUGUUUCUUGUACUUAAUGAACUCAAGAAUGUGGGUGAAGACAGACUCGCAAACUUCAACGCUUUGAAAUCAAUUAUUACGGAUAAUGAGAUAAGAAUUAAUGAAAAGAAUCAACCCAGAAGAACAGCUCAGAACGUUGCAAACUUCAUUUUCGUAACUAACAACGUCUACCCUGUCAAAAUUGAAGUUGGAGACAGAAGAUACGUAGUUUUAAGAGUUAAUGGUAAAUUCAAGG